GACACAACCAUCCGCAGCACGGCCACCAUGGCCAGAAGCAGCCGCCACUUCCCAUGGUCGCUCCUGUUCCCCUGCCUCUGCUGCCUCCUCGCUCCGGUGGCCUCGUCGCCGGUCGCCGUGACGCACCUGCCCGGGUUCGACGGCCCCCUCCCCUUCUCCCUCGAAACCGGGUAUGUGGAGGUGGACGAGAGCAAUGGCGUCCACCUUUUCUACUACUUCGUCGAGUCCGAGAAGGACCCUGCGAGAGACCCGCUGGUCUUGUGGAUGCAGGGCGGACCCGGCUGCUCCGGCCUCUUGGGCCUCGCCUACGAGAUGGGCCCCUUCAAGUUCGACGUCGAAGGGUACAGAGGCGGACUCCCCACUUUGCUAUACCGACCUGAGACAUGGACCAAGCUAAGCAAUAUAAUCUUCAUUGAUAGCCCCAUCGGGGCUGGGUUCUCCUAUGCCACUUCAGAGGAAGGCCUCAAAUCUAGUGAUACUAUGGCGGUAAAAAAACUAGUCAUCUUCCUGAAAAAGUGGUUACAUGAGCACCCCCAGUUCCUCUCGAAUCAACUAUAUGUUGGUGGUGAAUCCUAUUGUGGUAUUACGAUACCCACUCUUGCCCUGGAAAUCGAUAUAUCAAACAAAGAAUCUGGCGAUGAACCCCUUCUUAAUCUCAAGGGGUACUUUGCUGGCAACCCUAGUACUGAUGCCAGGUUUGAUGUGGCCGGGAAUAUCCAAUUUUUCUAUGGCAUGGGAAUGCUAUCAGACGAACUGUAUGAGACUGCAAAGGAGAACUGCAGAGGAAAUUACAGUGAUCCACCUAAUGCUUUAUGUGCCGAGUCCGUCCAAGCUAUCGCCAAUUGCACAAAAGAUAUCAACUGGUCCCACGUCCUGGAGCCCUCAUGCAACACGAUACGGAGCCCCAAGAUUCAGCAAGCGGCUGUGAAAAGUGGACCAAGUGGGCUCAUGGUGGAGUACUCUGCUGACGAUGAUAUCCCAUUUCCCUUCAAGUGUAGAGGCGAUACCCUUGAACUAUCUAAUAUAUGGGCAAAUGAUGAAAGAGUAAGGAAGAGUCUUGGCGUUCGCAAGGGAACAAAGGGGGACUGGAUAACAUGUGACCACGGCAUACCAUUCACUAGAGAUAUAAUGAGUACAAUAGAGAUUCAUUUGAGGCUACGCAGAGAAGGAUAUCCCGCACUGAUAUUUAGCGGCGACCAUGAUAGUGGGGUUUCCUUCGUCGGCACACAAGCAUGGAUAAGAUCUCUUAACCUGUCUAUCACAGAUGAUUGGAGACCAUGGUAUGUUGAUGGUCAAGUUGCUGGAUUCACAAGAAGUUUCUCAAGUAACCUAACAUACGCAACCGUGAAGGGCGCUGGACAUACUACUCCAGAGUACAAGCCCAAGGAGUGCCUUGCUAUGUUUACAAGAUGGAUUUCGGGUGACCCUCUAUGAAACAUGAUUCCAAUUGGAUGAGCGAGUGUUAGCAGCGCACAAAUUAAUUCUGCUGUACAAUACCUGUGUUCUCAAAUUCUCAUCUUGCAUGUGCUGGAAUGCGUAUAUGGCUCGUACAUUUUAUCAUUCAGACUGAGAGCAACAAUUUCAGCAUAUUAAACCUUGCAGACCAGCAAUACAUGAUACAUCGUCUUCAAUUUGAUUUAUGAAAUGUCGUUCAGCUGA